CAAAAAAUGUACACAGGUUUGUAACAACAUGAGGGUGAGUAAAUUGUGACAGAAUUUUUUAUUUUUGGGUGAACUAUCCCUUUAAUUAAUUUACAAUCCACCAAAAGUGUUCAACACAAAAUAAUCAGCAAAUUAAAAAAAAAUCUAAAUUUUUUGUACUUCGUUGAACAAUUCCUUUAAUUGAACACAAACAUGAUUUUGAUACUUCACGUUUCCUCUCCAAAAUAGAGCUUUUGGAGCCAUCUACCUGUAGGAUAAAGCGCGUGUAAAAGGACGUAAACGUCGUUGCUAGGAAACGAACCGUGACAACAUGGUUCACAAGCGGCGUUAUUAGUGAAUGUCUCGUACUCUCGCCGACCCGUUUGUUUUGUAUUUUGUUUUAUUUUAAUGAUAAUUUCUAAAACAAAGCGAAAAUGGCAGAAGCGGUGUUAGCUGAAGUGGACUGGGACGAUGGUUUUGCCAUUCCUGUAGCUAAUGCAGAAAACAAAGCACUAGAGGAGGAGCUUCGAAGAAAGCAAAAAGAACAAGUCAACCUUGAGAACAAACUGAAUAAACACCGGGACAUUAUAAAUGCGCUGACAGAACAUCUAAAAAAUUUAAGACAGGAGGUUUCUCACACUCAGGCAGUGUGCAAAGCCAGAGAGAAAGAGACCGAAUCCGAGUUGCAUUUCAAGGCGCUGGCCAAGCGGGAGACAGGUCGCCUGAAGCAGAAGAUCAAGAAGCUAGAUGAUGAACUGAAAGCCCUGAAUGAGAAGAAAAACUCCAAAGAGAACAACAUCUUCAAAGCCACUCAGAAGCUUGAUGAAUUAAAGAGUCAGCUCAGCUUGGACCAGCAGGCUUUGGAUGCCUGGUUGCAGGAGUCAGCACACAAAGAUGAGGACAUCAUGGCAAUCAUGAAGUAUGCCAAGCAAGAUGAAAGCAAGAUUCGAGAGUUAAUGCUGAAGGUUGAGAAACUGACUGUUGAAGCCAACCAGAAGAGAAAGACCUUAGACAAUGAAGUCACUGAGAGCGCUAUGGCACAGCUUGCUUUAGACAAGACAGUCCAGAGCUUUCGUCAAGCCCACACUGAAAGACAGGAGAUGAUCAGCCAGCUGGAGAACACCAUUCAACAAAUAAGAAGGAGAGACCAAGAGAUACAAGAAUGUGCAAUGUUGUUGGCGGAGGUGAACCAAAUGAUAAGGGAAAAGGACGAUUUGAUCAAGGAGAGGAAGGACUUCUUAAAGCGUGAGAUGGAAAACAAUAAGGAGCUGGAGAGGAAGAUAGCCACAGCUGAACGUCAGGCAGUUCGACUUAAACAGCAGCUCCAGGAGGAAGAGAGUAACCAAAGGCGUCUUCAGGAUGAGCUACAGAGCCUGAAGGGAACUUUAGACCGAACUGCCAGAGAUGUGGAGACAGCCAGAUCUCAAAUAACCAACAUGAAAAAAGAGAUUAAAGAUAGAUCAGCCAAAGUUGAAAAGGCAAAGCAGAAUAAUGCGGCUCUGCAGGAAAAGCUGCGACUAGUGACGGAGGCGGCGCUGAAUGGGGAGGAGCAGGCAGCACAGAUGGAGCAACUGCUUAAAGAACAAGAGCUCAGGAUCAAAGAGAUCGAUGCUCAGCUGCUGCGAAAAAGAGAAAUCAUGUUAAGGGAGAGUAAGGAACUGCAGGAGCUUCGUGCUAAAGAGAAGAACGCCGUGGCUGAAAUCCAAGGCACACGGGCCACUAUCUCAAACCUGUCAGGCAAAAUUCGCAAACUGAGCCAGAACUCCUUGAAACAACAAAACAUUAUCUUCAACCAGGAUUUUCAGAUCCAGAUGCUAGAGAGGAAAAUGGCCCGUUUACAGGGGCGGGUGAACACUGAGGAGAAGGCGGCUCUGGAGAAGAAGGUUUCAGAUCUAUCCGAAGUCCUUGAGGAGAAGAAGAAAACUGCUGCAAACCUCACCAAACAGCUGAAGAAACAACAAGAUGAUAUUCGUUGUGUUAAAAAAGAGACUGAAAAAACUGAAAAAGAGAAGAAAGAUCUGACCUCCAGGAUCCAGGAAGUGCAGCUUUAUAUUGACGUCUCUGAGAAAGAGCAAAAGAAACUCAGGCACAAAAAACAGGAAAGCAUGGUGGAGAAAGACCUGCUGAAGAUGGAGGUACAGCAUAUGAGAGAUCUGUUGUAUAACCAAGCAGACGGAGCACUGAGUCUGGAGAAGAGACGUCUGCAAGUGCAGACAGCCAUGAAGGAGAGAGAAGAGGAGAUCAAUGUGCAUAGAGAUAUGAUCAAUAAACAGAUCAAAUUCACGGAGCAGGAUAGGCAAAGGCUCAGUGUUGAACUCCACGAGAGACUGUCCAAAAUCGACAAGCUGAAGAGCAGGUAUGAGAUCCUCACUUUUUCCAUGGCACCACCAGAUGGAGAGGAAGAGAAGUCACAGGCCUACUUCAUCAUAAAGGCGGCGCAGGAAAAGGAGGAACUCCAGCGUCAGGGUGAUGAUCUGGAUGCUAAAAUCUGCAAGAAGGAGAAAGAGAUCAAAGCUUUGGAGAACACUCUUGAAGUUGUCAAUAUUCGCAAUACAACCUACCGCAAAGCACAAAGCAAAGUCAAAGAGUCCAGUCCAGAGCACCAGGAGAAACUAAAGCUGGAGGAAGAGAGACGUGCUGCUGAGGAGAAAUACAAGCACAAGAAACGACAAAUCCAAGAACUACAGGAAGACAUUGAAGGCAUGUCUAGUACACUUGAGACUCUUCUUCAGGAGGAAGCAGUCCAGAAUGAAACUAAUGAAAACAUCCAAGCACAAGUCUAUUCUCUGAAAAAAGACAUCAUCUCUCAAGAGGAGAAAUUGAAUAGAGCUGUAAAACAGUGUGAAAAAUAUACCAAAGAAAUUCGGUCUGCUAAAAAGACCAAAGAGAAGACGUUUGAAGAACGUGACAUAGAGCUACGUCAACUUAAAGAAUUAAAUAAAAACGUAAAUACGAUGCUCCUGCAAAUCAUGGAAGAAAAUCCUGACCUGUCAUCACUGUUACAGAUGCAUUUCAUGCAGGCUGAUCUGUCACUGCCCUCACCUGCCUCUACCCCAUCCAGUCGCCUAAGCUCAAAGGGCAGCUCAGCACGGAGUUCUGCUUCACUUCGAUCCUCAGAUCAGUCGGCUAACAGCAGCCCCAGAAGCCAAUCUGGCACAUCUUCUCCUGUGAAGGUAGUGGAUCUGAGCUUGGGUCUCUCUGUCAAGUCCCCACAAGGAUCUCGACCGGCCAGCAGUGGAAGCAGCAGCAGAAGCCAAUCUGGCGCAUCUGUGAAGGUAGUGGAUCUGGGCUUGGGUUUAUCUGUCAAGUCCCCACAAGGAUCUCGUCCGACCAGCAGUGGAAGCAGCAGCAAGGGCAAAAGACCUUCAGAUUCAUAGCACCUCUUUAAGUGAACAAGUUCACUAACAAGUCUUGUUCUUAGACUGAAUGUAACUGAAUGUCUAAUUUAUUUAAUAAUAAAAAAAUUAUCUUGAAUUAGACUUUGUUUAUGGUAUUUGCUCACACUUUCAAGGAGCUUUACUGUACAUUGUAAGACAUUGACUAUAAACAGAAGGUUCUGUUUGUUGACCCGUUACCACUUCCAAGAAUGAAAACGAAAUUAAAAAAUGUUUUUCUUUCUGUUCAAUUGGAAUUUUAACUCAACCUUGAUGAUUUGUGAUUUUCAAUGCUUAAUGUCAUUGUAUGCAUUUCUACUUAGAUGUAUAAUCUGGUAAAGGUGACAAUUUUUUUAACAUUAUAGUUUGCGCAGUAAAACCCUACUUCCAUGAAAUGCUUUGAUCCCUGGAGAAUCAGUUACAAGAAACUAGAGAAAUACUACUGUCUGAGGGCUAUUGUGUUUGGGUUGGUAGCGCUAGGGUGUGUCAAGUCUCCCAGGAAACCCAUGAGUCUGUAACGCCCCCAUACAGCAUAUAAACCUGGUGUGUCGCAGAUUGUCUUUUCAUGAACAUACAUCUUCAGAACAGAUCGUUUAGAGGACAUCUGAGAAAAUGUUUCACUAUAUCCUGUUUGUUGGAUUUCUUUGUUUUUCAAACACUGCAAUUACUAUCACAAAAGCAAGUACGACCGCUGGUAUGAUGACCUCAAACAACAACAACACCAUCAGUUUGACAACUCCAUCAACUGGUCGUCCAGGAAUUGCUUUUUAUAGAAUAGCAGCCGUAUCUUCAGUUGAUCUGUCUAUGAAUUCGCCUGAGAUUCAGGUCCUUGUGCAACAGAUUGAGACUUUCAUACCUGAUGAAUACAAAGCAACGACUAACAUCACUGUGAGAAGCAUCCAAAAAAUGCCCAGUACCACUUAAUGUUUAAAUGUUAUUUUACUUGUAAUGUUUUAACCUUUUACACUCUAAAAAGUAAAAGUUGGAUUAACUUAAAAAGUUACUUUAAAUGGUAUUCUUAAAAAUAAGAAAAAAACUGUACAUUGAAAAAAGCUUCUUUUUUUGAUUUAAUUGAAGUUAUUUUUCAAUCUUUUUUCACUUUAAUUGGUAAAAAACACUUAAAAAAAGAUUUGUCAAGUUAAAAUUUUCACUUUAGGUGAGAAAAUUUAAAGUAAUUUGUUUAAGUAGAUCAAACUUUUACAUUUUACAAAUUGCAUAUUUGCAAUUAAACUGUUUUCACCGAGAUGAAGUACAUUUUCUGUGUCUUUUCCCUGCUUUUAUUUAUGUAAAGCUGCUUUGAAACAAUUGAACAAAUUUAAAUAUAAAAAUUGAAUUGAAUUGAAUACUGAUUGGUGAUUUUCAAACUAGGGGAAUUUGUCGAUCAACUCAGGGUUGCUGGGAUAAUAGUUUUAAUCACUUUUAUUGUGUCUUUAUUAUUUCAAAAGUACAUUUUCCAUAUAUAUUGUACAUUUGUCCCUCGUCCAGAGGCAGUUGUAUCAUCACUGUAAAAAGUGUUUCUGUGUCUUAGUAGAUUUAACAAAAAUAAAAUAAGUAAACUGUAUUAAAAUUUUGAAUUCUUGAUUUUUUUUAUCUAAAUAGGAGUUAAAAUAACAUAAAAUGUGAAUCAUUUGAGAAAUUUAAAUGAACACAUUAUUGAGUACAUUUUACUUUAUUUUAUCAUGUAUCAUCCACUUAAAUUUGUAAGAAGCAAAUGUAUUUAAUAAUUUUGUGUUGAAACUACAUGAAUGAUUUUAUUAAUUUGAAAUUAAACUCUUUUUAGUUAAAAAUACAUAAAAUAGUAAGACUUGUUCGUGUUUAAUGUUUAUUUAUCUUCGAG